AACUGAUGAAGUCCUAUUUAUGUGAUUUAAAUUUGACUCUCACUUAUACGCUGUCGUUUCUCGUCAUCAGUUUGUCAUACACGCAUGGAAACACUUUCUUCUGUUAACCUGCAAUGACUGUAGAGCCUACGCACACCAAAAUACGCUGGAUUUUGGGGUACUAAUGAUACAAUCUUGUGGGUACUAGAGAGUUUUAGGACUAACCCUCAACAUUUAGUUCAAACUACCGAUUUCUCCAUUAAAAUGGAAAACAAUAAUGCCUACUUGAUGACGAUGAAAUCAAAAAUUUAUUAAACAUAAAUUAGCACGUCAGUAACAACUUCUGUAUAUUUGUUAUUUUCAUAAAGAAAAAGACCUUCAUCAUCUCGUAAAGGGAAGCAUCAUUUAUUCUUGGACAAAGGGUCGUUCAAGCCUACCUCAAUAUGUAUGGAGACGUAAUUCAACACCCUAGAAACACCGAUGUUCCUACAAACCAAGUUCAUUCAGUAGAGGAUAACGCCACACCGAGUUCUGUGACAAGAGAAGAUCACCAUCUCUACUCUCAGUUGAAGAAUUAUAUGUUUUUUAUGAAGGUCAUUGGAGUAUUUCAUGAUCCUCCAUUCGUCGACGUGGGCAAGUUGGAAUCAACAUCCUGGAAAUCUUGGCAUGCAAUCGUUUCUCUAUUAAGCGUGUUUAACUUUGUAAGAUACAUUCCAGAAAUCUGGAAACCGGAUUUUUAUCCUGGAUUAACUUACAUUGAAAUCAUAAUGAGUGCAUUCUUUUUCCAUUGUAUGUGUAUAAUUAUCGCAUUUUAUGUAAUGUGCUCUAAAAAGAGUGGAUUUUUGGCUUUUUUUGAGCACAAUCAGAAAUAUUGUAACAGCAUCGAUAGUCGCAUCCUUCGCUGCGUCCCAGGAAAGAAACAGACCAAAGUUGAGGUAAAUAUUGCACUAGCAAUUACUGUCGUAUAUGCUGCCGUGUGCUUAGCUGUUCUACUAGUGUUCGCAUUGGUACUCGAAACCCCCGAUUACCACAUUCAGUCUGCCCCGUGGACAUCAACCGCCAGCCUAGUUAUUACUAUCACCAUCGGAACGCUUGUAACCAAUGCAUUCAUAGCAUAUACAUUCUUCUUUUGCCUCGUCUGUCGGUAUUUGAAAAAGCAGUUCAAGUUACUCGCAAAUACGUUCUCAGAAAUGCUAUUAGAAUAUGAGAAUGGCCGAUGUGAAUUUGUCGACGACCAAUUGUACGUGUCAAUUCGCAAACAGCACAACCACCUCUGUGACUCAGUCGUGAAAGCAGACGACUGUUUCUCAGUGUUUUUAUUGUCAAUUUGUUCAACUCAGAUCCCAUUAAUAAUAUUCUUAGCGUAUCAGUGUUUGUUUUCGCCUGGGAGUAUUGAUACAAAAUUCGGUUAUAUAUUUUGGCUUGUGCUUAACUGUUUCUUUGUCGGAUCGGUGACUAUUUAUGCAGCCCUACUUAACAGUGAGAUUCAUGACUUCAACGAUAAAGUAUACAGAUUGACUGUAUUCUCUACCAUGCCAUGUAACAACAGACUAAUUCCGAUACAUAUGUUGUUUUUAUCUCGCUUGAACGGUCCUCCUGUUGGAUUUUCGGUAUUUGGAUUGAUCACUAUCAACAAAGAAGUUCUACUGACGUUAGUUGGAAUGAUAUUUACGUACUUCACAAUAUUGGUGCAAUUCGAGUAAAAGCCAACCAACGAAGCGAUACUAUAACCUCAUCUAGUUUCAGAAUGGUGUAAUUUGCAGCGUAAUUUAGUUUUAUAAAGCGGCCUCCCUGGUCGGGAAAAUCCAAGAUGUAUGAACAAUGUAUACUUUUAAGAUUAGUUUAAGUAUUUAGGCAGGCUGCCCCAUAACGUACGGUACACAUGUAAAUGUUUUUCACCACUGUAGGCCUAUAAGUAUUCGAAUUUAUAGAUAGUGAAAAGUUAUGUUUAAAUUUAGGGUAGACCGAAUUACUUCAUUCUUGACUAUUUUCUGUACAUAAUAUAGCCUUGAUAUUUUAAUGUGUAAAAUAAGUAGUUCCGUAAUCUUAAGUAAAAAACUGUAUUUAUAAUUGAUGUACAUCAACAUAAAUGUAUAAAUAUAUUGUCCUUGUUGGAAAUCACUCGUUCUGUAGUUUCCGUGAUAGAAAUGUCUACAUUACUGAAUUACUCAAUUACUGAAUAAAUCAAUUGAGUUGAAAACACAUACA